CUUGUUUCCACUCUCAAUAACCCCUUCCACUCUCACCGGAAACCGAGUCACGACUCACGGAGUCAACUCAGCGAGUUACCAAGAAAUCAUCAUUAACAGUACUGAAUAAUAUUUUGACAAUACAUAGAAAUAAAUGGGUAUAUGCAGUUCGAGCGAGUCGACUCAAGUGGCGACGGCGAAGCUGAUCUUGCAAGAUGGGAGGAUGAUGGAGUUUACGAAACCCGUCAAAGUCGGAUACGUUUUGCUCAAGAACCCGAUGUGUUUCAUCUGUAACUCAGACGAUAUGGACUUCGACGACGCCGUCUCCGCCAUUAGCGCCGACGAAGAGCUUCAGCUCGGUCAGAUAUACUUCGCUCUUCCUCUUUCUUGGCUUCGUCAGCCUCUUAAAGCGGAGGAGAUGGCUGCAUUGGCCGUCAAAGCUAGCUCUGCGCUCAUGCGAAGCGGUGGUAGUUGUCGCCGGAAAUGCGUAAAUCCUAUUGUCGUAGCUGAUAAGUAUCAUCUUAGAGUUGGCUCCGGUGAUGCUACGGUGGGUUCCGGCGGAGGAAGGAGGAAAGGGAGAAACGGUGACGGUGGUGGUAGUAGUAGUAGCCGGAGGAGGAAAUGCUACGCGGCGGAGUUGAGUACGAUAGAAGAGUGAAGGGUAGUUUUGGAAUUUGUUGAUAGUUGUAAUUAUGUUGGGGGCAUUUUAGUCAUUUUAAGAAGAAGCAAUUUGCAAAUUCGCAAUGUUCGGAAAGUUCUCUUUUGGGAAUUUAGUAGUAGUUAGUGCUACUUACUAGCAUUUCUCAUUGAUUUGUCGAGUAGUUAUAGUAAAUUUUAUUCUUGCAGUUUUUUCUUCUUCCCAUGAAGA